CAAUAGUGAGUGGUGCACACUUCCUUCGCCCAGCCACAGAACAAAAAAAAGUCCCAUUUAAGAGUUGCUGGUGUAACAAUAGGAAGAAUAUAUUCCACUCAUCUCUUGUACAUGCGGCUUAUGAGAAGGAAGAACGAGGAGAGGAUAUUGCGCGUAAAAGUAAAGCCAACCGACCACAGCUCUGCAGUCCUGGUCACUGUUGACGUGAGGUCGGACUAUUUUGGAGGUGCACGUCAAGGUUGGCUGACGUCCAACAGAUGAACGCUCGUCAAGAAGAACGUCCCCUUCAGCAGCAGGAGGAUCCACAGCCCCCCCACAUUAAAGAGGAAGAGGAGAAUCUCUGGGUUACUCAGGAGGAAGAGUGUCUUCCAGGGCAGGAGGAGUUUCCACUGACUGUUGUCUCUGUGAAGACUGAAGACCGUGAAGACAAACCACCUGAGUCCUCACAGCUUCAUCACAGUCCAAACGUCUGUGAAGAACAUAUUCACCCUGAGCAACAGAAGAGGAGCUUCAAGAUGCGGACGGAGGAGCCACAGCCUUCCCACAUUAAGAAGGAAGAGGAAUACCCACUGAUCCCCCAUUUUAAAGAGGAAGAGGAGGACCCACUGACACCCCAUUUUAGAGAGGAAGCGGUGGAUCUACUGAGCCCUCACAUUAAUGAUGAAGAGGAGGACCCACUGACCCCUCACAUUAAAGAGGAAGAGGAGGAACACAGCAUCAGUCAGCAGGGAGAGCAUCUUGAAGGACUGGAGGAGGUUGAUGUCACCAAGAUGCCAGUGACUGGUGUCCCUGUGAAGAGUGAAGGUGAUGAGGUCAAAGGUGAAAGUGAGGAGAAGAGAGAGGCGGAGCCUCCAAGCAGCAGCUCAACUCAACACAUGACAACAGAAGCUGAUGGAGACCACUGUGGAGGAUCACAAGCAGACAAGCUCUUAGCUCCACUAUCAGAUAGUGAGGACACAACGUCACACUCUCCUGACACUGAUGAUGAAGACUCUAAAGAUGAUAAGACAUGUCACACUGACAACACACACUUCACAUGUUCUCUCUGCGGCAACUUUUUUAAAUACCGUUGUCAUCUGAAAGUACACAUGAGAAUACACACUAGAGAAAAACCUUUUACUUGUUCAAUCUGCGGGAAAGGUUUUGUAAUAGAUCAGUGUUUAAAAGUACACAUGAGAAUACACACUGAAGAAAAACCUUUUCUAUGUUCAAUCUGCGGUAAAGACUUUACUCAAAGGCACCAAUUCCAAGUACACAUGAGAAAACACACUGGAGAAAAACCUUUUUCCUGCUCAGAAUGUGGGAAAGGUUUUGUAAUAAAUCAAAGUUUAAAAGUACACAUGAGAACACACACUGGAGAAAAACCUUUUUCAUGUUCAAUCUGCGGUAAAGAUUUUACUCAAAAACACAAUUGCAAAGCACACAUGAAAAUACACACUGGAGAAAAACCUUUUUUAUGUUCAAUCUGCGGUAAAGAUUUUACUCGAAGGGACCAUUUCAAAACACACAUGAGAAUACAUACUGGAGAAAAACCCUUUACCUGCUCAGAAUGUGGUAAAAGUUUUGCAAUAAAGGAAAGUUUAAAAGUACACACAAGAACACACACUGGUGAAAAACCUUUUACAUGUUCAGUAUGUGGUAAAAGUUAUAUAGAAAAACAGCAAUUAAAAUUACACAUGAGAAGGCACUCUAGUGAAAAACCAUACUCCUGUUCAAGCUGCAACAAAAGCUUUCUUCACCCAAAAUCUUAUACAGUACACAUGAGAACACACACAGGAGAGAAAGUGUUGAGUUGCAGUGUGUGUGGUGAAAGAUUCUCUUCUAAGUACCAGUGUAAGAAACACAAGUGUGCUGGUGAGAACAGCAGCAGCAAAUGAAGAUGCAGGAUUUGAAAUAAACUGUCAAAACUUUAACUUUGACUUUCUAACAACAUCAGCACAUAUAACAUGUGUGACAUCAUUGUUGUGUGUGUAACACCAUCUUGUUAAUAUGAUUCUAACAUUUAUAGAUUAGACACUUCAGAUUAGUGCUUUUAUUUCAGUCAAGUACAUGAGUUAAUAUACACAUUUGUGUACUUUAAAAUGAACAGAACAAUUUGACUGAAAAGGUGAGAAUAAACACUACAUAAAAUAUGUUACAUACAAUAAACAUUUUAAGUGUAGAUAUUCAUAAUUCACUUUUAUACUUAUUCAUAAUAGUGUUUUAUAUAUGUUUUUUGAAAUAAUGAAGUGUUACAUAUUUUAUUUUCUAAUUCUAGAUGAUUCCAUAGAUGAACUCUUUAUAUGAUAUAUAUUUUUUUUUUACAUGUGUUCAUACCUUUGCUUUUGAGUACUCAUAAAUUCCUCUUAGUUCAUAUUUACUGGUUUACAUCUGAAACAUCUUCUGGACCACUUCUGGAAGCAUAUUAUUAUUUACUUCAUACAUCAUUUGAACAGUUGUCUUUUAUACAAUUUAAAAAUGUGUGACUUUAUGAAUCAUUUGUUGGGUCUCUAUAAUCCAUUCUAUUAAUUGUCUUUAUUACUCUGUUGUGAAAUAUGAAUAUUGUUGUGUGAUUGUUUUAUAUGUAUGUCCCCAGACCUUUAUGCAAUAAACAAUGUAUGCUUCAACUAAAGUUGGGUACAAUAAAUGUA